AGUAAUCGACAAUCCUGUCGCGGGGAGUUCCGCGGAGCAACCCGAGACAGUCGCCCGGACUGGGAACGCGCACAAUUCCUCUCCGCUUGCUUUGAACCUGCCCAGCGUCUGUUUAGCAGUGGGACGGCGGCGGCAGUGUCGUUUCCUCCUAUUCUCUCCCUCUCCGCGUGGUUAAAAAAAAAUAUCAAAAAAUCUCCGCGGUCUCUUUAAAUCUCCGCUUGUUUUGGCACCCGCACUCUUCUCCCCCCGCCCGCCGCCGCCUCUGUUUCUUUGCUGCCUUUCAAUCCCUGCGUGAGCAAAAGGGCUUCCUCUGCAGGGAAGGAAGGGAAAUGCCUGCCGGCCGGAGCAGCAGCAACAGCAGGGGGAGACCAGCAAGAGCAGCAGCAGCGGCAGCAGCCCUGGGCAUCGCACGGCGCGCAGCGACCAAGGACCUUCCACUUGCAGCGAGCUGAGAGCGGCGAUGGGGCAGGGCCACGACGGCUCCCCGAGGCACUGAUACCCCCCACACCCAACCCCAGUCCAAGAGGCUCCGUCCGGACACUUUUGGAGACAGAGGGAGAGAGAUUUCUGCUGUUGCGACUCGCGUCUCUUCCUCUCCCCACAUCCCCUCCCGUCGCUUGCAACUUGGCUGGAGAGAUCUCCUCCCCCGCCCCCUUUCCCCAGUCCUUCCAUGCCCCGACCUGAACUUUAGCAGCCCGGGGGCUCCGGCUUAGGGAGCAACCCUGAGCGCCUGCCAGGCGGAGAACAUGAUUUGAAGCCGGGGAGGCGGCCAAGAGGGACGCAGCGAGCCGAGCGCUUUGGCGGAGACUCCAGAAGAUGAGCCACGCAGAUCUUACAAAGCCACCAUUAGCACCAAAACCAAAGAUUCUCAGUCAUCUCGCUUCCAUAGCUGCUUCCAAAUUUCCUCCGUCGCUAUCAAGGUCUGGCACACUUAACAAUUCAAACUCUAUGUCUAGGGGUCCAAAACCACCCAUUGCUCCCAAGCCAAAAAUCUCUGCUGACAACGAUCCAUCGAUUCUACAGCGAUCCCGUGUUCAGGCCAACAAUACCUUGAACAAAUGUACCAAUGGAAAACUGGAGGGAGAGCUUUAUGAAGGAAAUCAGUGCAACAACACAGAGUUCUUAGGAUCAAAAGCUGAUGAUGAAUAUAUAGUGAUUCCUGAAGAUGAAUUGAUUGAUAAAGUUUAUGACUUUGAACAUGAGCAGGAAUCAGCAGAGAACGAGAUCUUGCACACUCCUGAGGAAGCAGAUGAAGAAGAGGAUGGCUGUACCCACAGCAGUGACAUCGGUGACCUUGAAAUAAAUUUAUUGGAGAACGAUGAAACUGAACCACCCGAAACUCAAGCUCUUUGCAACGCUGAAGCCCUUGAAAAGGAGGGUGCUUCUGAGGGUGGAUAUGACAAGGUGGAUUGUGAAACUGAUGCCAACAAGAAGAUGAACUGUGCAGAUGAGUCUGAUGAAGCACGGCAAGAACUGCAUCUGCUAAAGGAUAAUAAUGAGUAUAAUAUGGACAAUAAGAUUUUGAAUGGAGAUGAGGCUUUGAAUGAUGUCAUAUGUGAAGAUAUUAUUUUACAGUAUUUAGAGGCGCCAACAUCAUCUUCAGAGGAUCAGUCACCAAUUUGUGAGGCUCCCGGAGAGGAAGGUCUAUCUCAGAUUUUAGAAGAGGAGCAGUCUAAUGCUGAUGCAGAAAUGGGCCCAAUGGAUGAUGAUGUGGAUGAAUCAGCCUCAAAUAUAGAAACAGAGUUUGCAGAGGGUGCUUGUGCAAGCCUAAGCGAUCCCCUUGCUAAUGAUUCUGAAGACGUAGAUACUGGAUUAGAACUACAUGAAGCUGGUCCUGAUCCUGAAGAGACUUUGGGGGAGGCCACAAAUGAAGCCGGUGCUGAAAAGGAGGAGGAACUAGACCCAGAGGCUGGAUGUGAAACAAGCGUAGAACAGGAAGAAAAUACAGAUGAUGGCUACCAAACCACUGAGAUGAAGAGCGAGGGGAAAACAUCAGAGGCAGCAUGUGAUACAAGGGAAGACUCCAAAGAACAAAAUGAUGAAGUGGUAGACAUAGAGACCAUGGACGACAGCUGCCAGAUCAUUCCCUUUGAAAAAGAGUGCAGUGAGGAUGCUCCUGACUCUUCUGAAGAAGAUUUGCCAUUAGAAGGGACUGAAAUGAACAGUGAUAACCAGCCCUUCAGCCUUCAAGAAGUUAAUGAGCUCGAAUCUGACUCGCAGCUGGCAGAAAGAUCCAAGUCAGAUGUUCUACCUGGAGAUCACAGCAUAAGUGAGUGUGCUUUGGAAGAUACACAGUCAGGCAACCAAAUGCUUGUGGUGGAUCACAGCAAUGUUGAAGAUACUGCCCCAAGUACACCUGAUGAAGGUACAGCUGAAGGUACUUGGCACUCCACAAGGGAACUGGACGUUUGCCACCCCGGAAAAACGGAAAUAGACUCAGGCAGUGAAUAUGUGAUUGAUGGAACUUCAGCCGUCCCUGAAGUGGUGGUUGUUCCUGAUAAUGAUGGAGAAAUCAGCAGUGACUCCCUAGAUGACCCAUACGUACUGGGAGACAGCUUGCCUUCAGCAAAUGAAAUCCUCUGUGCUGGAAAAGAAAUGGGGGAGGCUGGUGUCCAAGAUAGUUCAUGUGAUUUCAGAGAGGGAGGGGGAAUGGACAGCGAAAACCACUUGCUCUCCAUUGAUCGGAAAAGCAUUGUUACUAGAACAAGGUCCCUCUCUGGGAAAGUGCCUGGGUAUGUGCCAGAGACAGUUCCAGAAGAAACAGGCCCAGACACUGAACUGCAGUCCUCAGCCACUGCUUCCACCAUGUCUGAAGAUGUAAGCCAUAGCUUCUCUCUUUCAGAAGGAAAGCCCAUGGAUAUGAAUAGAGCCCUACCUGCAAAGCCAAGGCGCUUUGUUUUAUACCCUCGAUCUUUUUCAGUAGAAGGCAGAGAUAUCCCCGUCUCUGUAUAUAGAGAAAGUGAUACCUCCAUGUUGGAUUACAAUAGAAUAAACAGGACAGAAGACCUCACUUUGCCUUGCGUCAUUGGUUCCUCGGGUAGUUUUUCCCAGAGGAAUCACCUUCCAUCCAGUGGGGUCUCCACCCCUUCCUCAGUUGUGGAUAUUCCACCUCCCUUUGAACUAGCCUGUAUCACCAAGAAGCCAAUAACGAAAAGUUCGCCUUCACUUUUAAUUGAGAAUGACUCUCCCGAUAAGUACUGCAAGAAAAAGAAGUCCUCUUUCAAGAAGUUCCUCACCUUAAAGUUCAAGAAGAAGACGGAAAAUAAAGUCCAUGUGGAUGUUCAUGUUUCUUCUUCAAGGUCCUCCUCGGAGUCUAGUUAUCAUGGGCCUUCCAGACUCAUGGAACUCGACAGGAGGAGUUUGAGCAGCUCCCCUCAGCUAAUAUCACGGACCGGCAAGCUGAGGGCAUCUGAGUCUCCAACUGUUCUCUUCUACAAGGACGGCAAAAGAAAAGGGACACCCAAAACCUUUAGUAGGAGUGUCUCACGGGUGGAGUCUUUUGAGGAUCGCUCCAGACCUCCUUUCAUGCCCCUUCCUUUAACUAAGCCCAGGUCUAUUUCAUUUCCUAAUGCUGAUACGUCUGACUAUGAGAACAUCCCAGCUAUGAACUCUGAUUAUGAAAACAUACAAAUACCCCCACGAAGGCCAACCAGGGCUGGGACCUUUACUGAAUUUUUUGAAGAUCCUAGCAGGGCGUUAUCUGCCGCAAACGAGAAUGAUGGCUAUGUGGAUAUGAGCAGUUUUACAGCCUUUGAGAACAACAAGCAGCAACCUACCAGCCAGGAAACUGAAAGUGCCUACACAGAACCUUACAAGGUGUGCCCUAUCUCUGUGAUUCCUGUUGAAGACGUCACAUCAGAUGAGGAACAGAAAAGUUCUGGAGAUGAGGAUGGUAACCAGGGAGAUUCCAACCUCCUCCAUAAGAAAGAAGGACAAUCCAGAGCCCACCUCAUUGCCCAGGAGCUUGUGUCUUCAGAGAAAGAAUAUGUGGAGAUGCUCCGGCUGUUACAUAUGGAUUUCUAUGAAGCUGUCUUAAAAGUGCUGGGAGAUGAGGAUAACAAUGACCACGAAGAAGCAAAGCUCAAGGAAGGAUUGAAUGAGAUCCCAGAAAUCUACAAACUGCACCAAGAAAUACUGGAAGAGCUGGAAGAAAAAGUUCUCAAUUGGGAGGAUCACCAGAAAGUGGCUGGGAUUUUCCUCUCCAGGGAAUCCAGGUUCAUUCACCACACGGCUUACAUUAUGCAGUUUGAUAGGAAUUUGGCUUUGCUGGAUGAAGCCCGCCUUAAAACUUCCCAGCUGGAUACUGUCGUCCGGGAAUUUGAGCAGUUUCGUGGUGGCAGUCCCUUGAAUGUGAAACAUCAGCUCUUGAAAGUGGUGCAGCGCAUAUUCCAGUACCAUGUGCUCCUCACAGAUUACUUGAAUAACCUUUGUCCUGAUUCCGCUGAGUAUGAAGAAACACAAGCUGCCUUGCUCAUCGUCUCCGAAGUUGCGGACCGAGCCAAUGACAGCAUGCAACAAGGGGAAAAUUUGCAGAAGCUGGUACACAUAGAGCACAGCGUCAAGGGACAGAGCGACCUCCUCCAACCAGGAAGGGUGUUUCUUAAAGAAGGGACGCUAAUGAAAGUGUGUGGGAAAAAUAGGCACCCUCGACAUUUGUUCUUGAUGAAUGAUGUUCUGCUGUAUACGUAUCCCCAGAAGGAUGGCAAGUAUCGCCUGAAGAACACCUUGGCUGUGUCUGGCAUGAGGGUUAGCCGUCCAGUGACAGAAAAGGCACAAAAUGUCCUGAAGAUUGAAUAUGCUGAAAAUUGCUUAACUCUAUCAGCAAGCUCAUGCUCUGAAAGGGACGAGUGGUACAGCUGCAUCAGUAGAUGUAUCCCGGAUGACUACAGAGUUCACACUGCAGCUGCCUUUCACAACAGUGUUGAACUUCGGGAAAGGCUGGGAAUGUCCUUGGGUGAGAGACCUCCAACCUUGGUACCUGUGUCUCACGUAAUGAUGUGCAUGAACUGCGGUUGUGACUUCAAGCUCACGCUGAGACGUCAUCAUUGCCAUGCAUGUGGGAAGAUUAUAUGCAGAAAUUGCUCAAGAAAUAAGUAUCCUUUGAAGUACCUCAAAGAUCGGCUUGCAAAAGUCUGUGAUGGCUGCUACACUGAACUGAGGAGGAGAGAGCGACCACUAAGUGUGAGCUUCCCUACAAGUUCAUCCAGGUUUUCAGGCAGUGCCUUCUCUUCUGUCUUCCACAAUAUCCACUACUCAUCCUUCAAAAGACAAAAGAAAAUCCCUUCAGCUCUUUUGGAGGUGGCAGCUUCAGGAGAGGGCUCUUCUAUCAGUGGCUAUCUCAGCAGAUGUAAGAAGGGGAAGAGGCACUGGAAAAAGCUGUGGUUUGUCAUCAAAGGGAAAGUGCUCUACACCUACACAGCGAGUGAGGAUAAAGUCGCUACAGAGAGUUUGCCUUUGCUGGGUUUCACAAUUGCCCCAGAAAAGGAAGGCGGAAAUGUGAAUGCAGUUUUCCAUCUUUACCACAAGCAAACUCUGUUUUAUAGCUUCCGAGCAGAGGAUAACAAUUCAGCACAGAGAUGGAUUGAAGCCAUGGAGGAAGCAUCUGUAUUAUAGCAGUUAUCAACCAAGUGGACUUUGAAUGAACACAUUUAUAUUUGCAACAGCACUCUUCUGUUGGAAGAAACUGUAUAUAUCCCCAUGUGGCUAAACACACAGGAGAGAACUUGUAUAAGACUAUUUUGUUCCUUCCUCAAGCUUAUUUCCUUACAGGUGGAAACCUUUAAAACAAGGAAUAUUUAUGGUCCUUUUUUCUAUCUCUGCAAGUUCAAGUUCAUCCUUUGCUGUACUCCGCUCCCAUAUAAUACAGUUGCAUAUUUUCAAGAUUUAGAAUAAAUGUAUGCAUUAUUUCUAAAAGAUACGCUUAGUCACUCAUAGCAACUGGUUCAGUCCUAUUUACGCGAGUAUCAUCAACUUGUUUCUGUGUCAGCCAUGAAACUGAAGUAUGGUGUCCUAAAUUUUCUUCAGAUUACAGCUUCUUAUCUAAAGAACUCUGGACUGACAUACCACUAAUCCAUUUACAGUGCCUGGGUGAAACUGUGUCAUGCUUAUUGGAAUUCCUGCCAAAGAAAGCGUGCAUAAACCACACAAUGGUAAACCAUUUCAAUGGUAAGGAACAAAAAGGUUAAUUCAACCUGGCAUUUACAUAGAUGGUGGGAAGUCUUCUUUCUUACCUGUUUCAUCAGUCCUCUGCAAGUCCCAACCCAAUUCUACUGAAGAAUACAUCCAUCUCCACUCCAGAGGAUGUUAAUUCAUUGUAAACCUUCACAUAAGGUUGUCUGAAACUGAUUGUAUCUAGAAUUAUUAAACUGUUUUAAUCGCCGAGGGCAUUGGAUUUUAAGUAGUAAUAAGAUUCAUAAUCCAAAUCUAGUGUCAGCAGCACUGAACUCCAAAGGCAGAAAAAAACAUUUUACUGUAUUGGUGGCAAGACAAGGAAAGCUGGGGGGAAAUACUCCAUUCAGUUUACACCAGCUCUAUACAGGCACUCAGGCUGCACCCACACCAUACAAUGAAAGCACUCUUGCACCACUUUGAUGGCUGUGGCUUCCCCCCAAGGAUCCUGGGAAGUGUAGUUUGAGCAUUGGGAAUUGUGGCUUAGUGAAGGGUCUCAUAACAACCCUUUGCCCGUAGUUGCCAGGUUUCUUUGGGGGAAGCCAUGAAUAUUACAGUGGUGCAGGAGUACUUUAAACAUAUGAGAGUCAGAGUGGCAAUCUCUUACAUCCCCAUCUUCGAUGCAUGAAGGUCUUAAGGCACAAACCUGUUGUAUGUGCAUAGGCUCCUUGGCCAAGUUAGAACCCUGAUCACGUAAACAUCUAGAAACCUACAAGUCUAAGGCAGGCACCCUGCUUAAGACCUUUCCUGCAAUGUGUAAGGUGGGAGAAAGCAGCAAGCACAAGAACAGGGCCAACUGCUGUUCAUAUGAUGGCAACCAUGUGCUUCUGAGUGCCUUUGGGGGGCUAUUGCUUCAUCCAAGGAAAUAUACGCAACUACACUCUUUAACUAUGCCAUUCACUUCAAGAAUGGUGGCUGGUAUUCCACUGUAUUCUGCCAACAGAGCAAAUGUAAGCAUACUGUGGCCAUUGCCACAAAUGCUUCCUUGUCUAGCAAAAGAAUUACAAAGAUGUGCAGCAGCCAUUACACCUCACAGUGUAUCUCCAGUGGGUGCACAUACUCAUACUGCUCCAUGGGUUUGCAAGCUACCUUGAAUCAGGCUCUGACAAGUAUUUAAAUAGCCAACGUGGUAUAAUGGUUACCAUAUUGCACUAGGACCAGGAUUCAAAAUCCCACUCAGGCAUGAUGCUCACCAGGUCACUCUUUCUCAGCCUUACCUACCUCACAGGGUUGUUGUGAGGAUAAAACCGGGGGAUGGGGGGAGAGAAGCAUAUAUGCCACUUUCAGCUCCCUGGAGGAAAAGAGGUGUAUAAACAUAACAAGAAAUUAAGUAAAUGAAAAUGUAGGUGGAUUUCACACAAUGUAGCAAGCUGGUUAUCGAGAUGAGAUACUGUCUCCCUCAAUGCUCACUUGCAAAUCUGGGCUUUGGUUCAUUCUUUCAAUCAGAGUGCAUCAGUAGGUGAUGGUAGCAGGACCCACAUAAGAGGCUGAUGUGAUGUCAUAAAGUCAGGUAAUAAGGCCAGUAACACAAAUAAACAUCACACUGCUUUUAGAAAAGCAGUCUCUCUUAAAGCCUAGAGAAGCAUUUUAGAACUCCAGUGGCAGAACAUACUAAAACUGGAUUGCUCUUUCAAGGGUUUUUAUGAGGAUGGGCCUCAUUUUAAAGCCACUGAAACUACCAGAGGGAAGCCAUGUUUUAAGUAUGGUACCCAUUGAUCCAAAGGGUUUGUGCACCAUUUUGCUUGAAAAGCUGUGUUUUAUACCCAAGUAAUGGAGAGGGGAAGGCAUAGUAUUGCACUAAAGUGACAUAGCCUAAUGCUGCAUUACCAAAUAACUGUUUAGGUUAGGGAUUUUAAGCAUUGUGCUAAUCAAAUAUGAUAAUCCAUGUGGAUAUUGCAUUGUCAAUACUAUCAGUUCUACCAUAGACAAUACACUGCUGCACAUUUCUGUGCCAGGCCUUUAUUUCAAAUGCUUAUUGUGAGAUCUUUUAGGCAAGCAAAUCCAAGUAGGACUUGGACCUUAGUGGCAGUCUUUGUGACACACAGCAUCUUGUGGUAUCUUUCAGGAAAGGAGAUUUUCAUUCAUUUUUAAAGUUGCCUUCAAAAAUUUCAGAUGUACAGUAAAGUACAUUUUUGUUAAAUAAUAAUAAUAACCUUAGUAUUUAUAUUAUGUUCUCUGACCUGAACUCCUAAUUAGACUUUUGACUGGGUUAGAUCUUCCCCCAUUUGUAUAAAGGUUCACACGGAUUCAAACACACAAUUAUUUGUUGUGUUUCAAUAAUCUAUGUGUUUUUGGGGAGGAAAUCAAAAACACAGUAACAUGGAUUUGUUACUUCACUAUCAAGUUUUCUAUUUCAUAGAGCAGAUAGUAUAUAAAAAUGAAGUAUGAAAACACAACUUUCACAUUACCUUCAAAUAAAAGUUAACUUUCAGUCACUCAUAUUUCCGUUUACAAAUUUGGCUUUGUUAAAAUCAUACUAUUAUGAAAUGGGGGUGCAGAAGGGGGGGAAAAUUGCACUGACAGGAACAGAAUGUUAAAUACCAAAUGUAACAAACUAACAGUGCAACCCUGUCUACUCAGAACUAAGCCUGAUUGAGUUCAGUGGGACUGACUCCCAGGUUAAGACUGCAACUUAGUGGAACCGCGGGUUACGUAGCAUCCUCCUUACAAAUGCUUCGGGUAACGAGCUCCACUAACCUGGAAGUAGGUCUCCUGGUAGCGAACUCUGCCCCGGGAUGCGAACGGAAGUCGUGCCCCAGUGGCACGGCAGCAGCAGGAGGCCCCAUUAGCAAAAGCGUGCUUCAUGUUAAGGGUUCCGGGUUAAGAACGGACCUCCGGAACGAAUUAAGUUUGUAACUGGAGGUACCACUGAACUUGGUAAUAAGUUCUACUGAACUUAGCGGGGCUUAUUUCUGAGUAGACAGAUAUAGGAUUGCACUGUAAGUAACAAUGUUUUUGCUUUGGUUUGUUUUUUUAAAAAAAAUGGACUACAGAAUAACAGUAUUAUGAUAUUUUGGUGCUAGCAUUUAACUACUGCUGUAAGAAGUCUGCAAAGGAACAAACAACUACUCAAAUUUCAUUGUAAAAAUACAGUAAUUACUUAGUUCUUGUUUUAAGAAACAUGGAAAAAUAAAAUGAGAAAAUACCAGGUCCCUAGGAAUUUGUUGCCAUUUCUUCUUGGUUUGGAGUUACAUAGGUUAAUGUACAUAAUGUACACAAAACUUUCCAAAGAAAGCAAUAGGUGAUAUAGGGAAACAUUUCCCCUCAUUGUUAAAAUUCUGUGGUACCCACUACUAGAUUAAAAAACUUUAAAAACUGGUUUAUUCAAAAUUUACAUUAGAAAUCACAACGCAUGCCUCUCACCUACUGAUAGACAGGAAAGAGGCAGGACGCUAACGAUAAUAUCUAUAGAUAUGCUACUUAGAAAGCCACUUUACAGAUUGACAGAUAAAAAGGCAGCAUAGCCUUUUUAGGUGCCCUCUUAAAUGCCCUGGUAGCCACACCUCCAAGUGCUCCUAAAACUUAUCUUAAGAAGUUUACUGAAUGGGUCUCUCAAGUUU